AUUGCAAUUCCACGCUUCAUCACAUCAGGCCUGCAACGGGUUUUUGUUUGGGACUAUAUUUAGUUAAUCAUUGCCGGCUUAGGUGGACAUUGAAGUGUGGGCCCACAUUUAUUAAUAUAGGGUUUGUGAAACUAAAGACUGAAAUAUUUGCAUUUUGUGAAUCUAUAAUUGUUUAAUAUAUGUUCAAAAGUUCAAAUCUCAUAAAGGUGUGUGUGUGUUUGAUUUUUAUAUGAUAGUAUGUGAAGUUUAUUAUCCUUAAUCAGUGCUACAUAAAAGUACUGGAAUGUUGUUACUUUAAGGUGAGUGAAACUCAACAUAGGUUUUAAACACGAGAGUGUAUUAAGUUAUUAUUCCUAAGUUACUGGGUUUAACGAACUCAGGGGCCCGUACCUACUUUAGAACGGUAUAACUGGGCUACAUAAAAUGGAGGCACCGCUGGGAUCAUUUGUUUGAGUUUCUAGAUAUAUUAGUUCAAAGUACUUUUCUGAUUGUUAUUGUUAAUAGACAAGUAAGAGAAAAUGCAGCAAACUGAGGUUAUCGUAAAUAAGCUUAAGAGCUGGUGCCAAGGGGAAGGCAUAAAUGAGAGCCAUGCAUUGUUGACAAAAGUUCCCCAAAAUACAGAAGUUGCACAAAUAGAAGAGACAUUGCAGACUAUAAAGUGUCUUGGGCGUGUCCGUGUAAGGGGAAGAAUGUUGGACGAAUCAACAGAUCAAAUAUUAGGGCUUUGUGAGUGCAGGGAGAAACUUAAUUCAGACAUGCCAAAUGAGGUGUUGACUUUAGAUGAGUCUACAGUAUGGCCUAUAUUCAUUACUGCAGAAUCUUCAAGUGCAGAUGAAGAUUUUAGUGUCAAACUAAAUACUCUUUUACAAGCAGAAGGGAAGACUGCAAAGGAUGUGCAUGCUCUUCUAGCUGGGUCAGAACCCGUUCCCUCACCCACAGAGUCCCUCAUUCGUGCUGUGAGUGAUCUACUGGACAAAGCAGCUAAACCUGCAACAGAGACUGGAGGAUUUCGCCGCCUGCGCACUUUCUCCGGCAUAGUGCCUACUCCUGCAGGUGAGGAACAAUUUGAUCAUUGGCUGGAGCAAGCUUACAUGAUGGUGGAAGUGAGUGAAUGUUCGCCAAAAGAAAAACGACGAAGGAUAAUGGAGAGCCUAAAGGGUCCUGCAUUAGAAGUCAUCAAAGCAGUUUGCCUUUCUGAUCCAGAUGUCAGUCCUGAGGAGUGUCUAGAAGCUCUUGAUAGUGCAUUCGGGAUGGCAGAGUCAGGAGAUGAUUUAUACUUUGCUUUUAGACUGAUGCAGCAACAGUCUGGGGAGAAGUUGUCAGAUUUCCUCCGAAGACUAGAGCGCUGUUUGUCGAAAGUAGUUCAAAGAGAUGGCCUUCCUGCCUCAAACAUGAACAAAGCUCGGAUUGAACAACUGCUUAAAGGCGCAGUGGGCUCAGACCUAAUGCUAAUUCAGCUCAGGUUGAGAGAGAGAAAAGAGAACCCUCCAACUUUUCUUGAGCUAUUGCGUGAAAUUCGUGCUGAAGAGGAGUAUGAAGCAUCUAGAGCUAAGUUAAAUCCAUCAGUACGUGCAGUCCAACCCAAACCUCAGGUGGACCAUAAUCAUUCUGAAAUUCAGAGUCUGAGGGCUGAGAUAAAAGAAGUAAAGUCAAUGUUCACUGCACUUUCUUCACAACCCCCCCAAGAUACUACAGAAAAGCAUGACAAAGGUUCAACUGACAGAGAGAGAGACUUAAAGAGCCAAGUCUGGACGCUGAAGUUGUGGCUUUAAAGAAACAAGUUUCACAUGAGGAGUCAACUGAGUCAUCAGACUUUGAGUGGGAGUUACCACACCGACCAUACCGAACUUAUCUGGAGGGAAUACUCCAAAAACACAACAAUAGACGUGAACACAAAGGGCCUAAGGUUCAUAUUGCAAGAGACGAGGAACCCUCACAAGAAGCAGACCAUAUUGUGGAGACGUUAAACCAUGAUGACACAGCAUCAGAGUCAGAACAUGAACCUGUAUCUAGUGAAGAUGACAGGCCAUGUCCAAGUAGUUCUAACAGCAGAAUGAGUCAUGCACAUUCAAGACCAAAACGUACCAUUAAACCAGUAGUGAGACUUACUUAUGAUGAACCUGGUAAAGCUAGUGAUCAACCCCUCACUAUUGUUCAUAGAGGUGUUGUCAUUAAAAUACAGAGCUAAAAUGUUGACUACAACCACCCUUCCCAAUUUUGAGUUAAGCAGGUGUUCAUAAAGUCUGUUGAGGACACCAGACGUUUAGAGGGGGGAGGGUGUAACCCAGUCCAAAAUAAAGGUAUUUUGUAUUGAGUUAAGUUCAUGGAAGGUGUAAUAAUUUAAAAUGUAUUAAACAUGUUUGCUUAAA